AUGGCUUGCUUGGACACGUACAAGAACAAGUCAGAUCAGAAGGGACAGUUCCCUCCGAUGAGCCCAAGACUGUCCUUUUCCAACGACUUCGUCGAAUCAUCCAAUAAUCCCUCCCCCACCAACACCACCAACAAUAUUCAGGAUCCAAAAAUCCUUUCAAAUACUCCCCCCUCCGACGACUUCGAAUUCUCUCCAAAUCCCACUAAUCACACCGCCAUGACCGCCGCCGACCAGCUCUUCUUCAAGGGAAAAUUAUUGCCCACUCUCGGAGACGAGCUUCUCAUUGACGACGACGAAGACAUUGCUCCAGUGCCCCCGAAAAGUGGCCUACCAAAAUGGAAGGAGUUCUUGAGCCUGAAGAGAUCCGUUGUUGAUGGGCGCUGCACGGCCACCGAUAACAACAAAAACAUCGACGCCAACCAAGGCAAAAUCCCCAAAUUGGCCCUCUACGAUAACUCCUCCUCCCAUCUUCCCAUAACUUCCUAG